GGACACGGGAAGCGACAAGGACCAAAAGCUGAGUCCGGUGGCAGUUUGUUGUCCCUGGGAAAGGAAAAGGCUGAUAUCUGUCCCCCCCACCCCCCCACCACCACCAGCACCAGCACCAGAGAGACACCGCGUGUUUUUAAAGUGCGUCUGUUCUGCUGAGGAGAAUAUUUUUGACAUUACAAUGCUGCAAACAAGGGACAUCAUCUGGGGAUUGCUGUUCAUUGGCUGCGCAGCCUCCAUCCGGGUGGAAAUCACUCCGACGCAAGGAGAGAUCAGCGUGGGAGAGUCCAAGUUCUUCCUCUGUGAAGUGGUGGGAGAUGCUAAAGACAUCGACUGGUACGCGCCCAGCGGGGAGAAGAUCCUUCCCAACAGGCAUGACAUCUUCGUGAGCCGCAACGAUGAAUCCUCGUCCACCCUCACCAUCUACCACGCCAACGUGGACAGCGCCGGCAUCUACAAGUGCGUGGCGAAGACCGGGGAGCAGGAGGCGCAGGCCACCGUCCAGGUCAAGAUCUUCCAGAAGAUCACCUUCGCGAGCGCCCCGAGCCAGCAGGAGUUCAACGACGGGGACGAUGCCGUGAUAGUCUGCGACGUGGUCAGUUCCCCGCCACCCACCAUCAUCUGGAAGCACAAGGGCGCCAAGAUCCAACUCGCCAAAGACGUUCGCUUCAAGAUCCUGACCAACGGCCACCUGCAGAUCCGCGCCAUCAAGAAGGCGGAUGAGGGCAUGUACACCUGCGAGGCCCGGGUCAUGGCCAGGGGAGAAAUCGACUUCAGGAUGAUCAAGGUCGUCAUUAAUGUGCUUCCCACCAUUCGGGCCAGGCAGUCAGAGGUCAACGCCACAGCCGACAUCGGGGGCUCGGCCCUGUUGGCCUGUGAUGCCGACGGCUUCCCUGAACCCAGCGUCACCUGGGCCCAUAACAACGUUGUCCUUGAAACGGGCGAUAAGUACAGCCUGAACGAGGACGGCUCAGAACUGGAAAUCAAAGAUGUCACGAAAGUGGAUGAAGGAGAAUACACUUGCAUCGCCAAGAACAAGGCGGGGGAGAAGGCGGAGGAAGUCAGCCUCAACGUGUUUGUGCAACCCAAGAUCACCUACUUGAACAACCAAACCGCCUCCGAGUUUGACGAGCAGGUCAGGCUGACCUGCGAGGCCUCGGGCGACCCCACCCCCACCAUCUCCUGGAGCUUUCAGAACAGGGUGUUCACCGAAGGAGAGCAGGAUUCGUGGACGCGACCAGACAAAUACGAGAGCCUGGACAGGAACAUCGUGGUGCGCACCCACGCCCGGAUCUCCUCUCUCACCUUGAAGAACGUGCAGUUCACGUACGCCGGCCAGUAUCUGUGCACCGCCAGCAACUCCAUCGGGCAGGACAACCAGCACAUGCACCUGGAAGUUCGCUAUGCUCCAAAGAUCCUGGGGGGGGUGAUGACGUACACAUGGGAGGGAAACGCAGCCAACAUCAGCUGUGAGGUGGAGGCUCACCCCGGAGCGUCAGUCGUCUGGUUCAGAGAGGACCUGCCGCUGCCCAGCGCCAACGCCACCAACAUCAAGAUCUACAACACGCCGACCGGCAGCAACCUGGAGAUUACUCCUGAUUCCAGCGACUUCGGGAGCUACAACUGCACGGCAGGAAAUGCAAUGGGCACCGAGCACAAGGAAUUCCUUCUCAUCCAAGCAGAGGUGCCCUCAUCGCCAGAGCUCCAGUACGUGGAACCUUUCUCCAGCACAGCGGUGGCCGUGUUCGAGGAGCCCGACUCCACUGGAGGGGUUCCCAUCAUCAAGUACAAGGUGGAAUGGCGUCUGCCCGGCCAGGAUUGGACUGGCAGGGAGUAUGAAGCCGACGAGGACACGAGCAGGAUCACCAUCGUUGGCCUGAAACCAGAGACCACCUACGAGCUCAAGAUGUCGGCUAUCAACGGAAAGGGCGAAGGCGAGAGCAGCGAGGCCAAGACCUUCAAGACGGAGCCAGUCCGGGAACCCAGUGCUCCCAUACUAGAGGUCAAGGUCCAGAACAGGGGCAAUUCUCUGAAGGUCAACUGGAUCAAACAGGACGACGGCGGUUUGCCCAUCAAGCACUACCUGGUCCGAUACAAGGCUAAACAAGCAUCCGACUGGAAACCCGAGAUCCGCCUCCCUAACGGCAGCGAGUACGUGGUGCUGAGCGGGUUGGACUGGAACACAGAGUACGAGGUGCACGUGGUGGCAGAAAACCAGCAGGGCAAGUCCGAGCCCGCCACCCUGGCCUACAGAACCUCCACAGAGCCCACCACCGUCCCAGCGACCCUCGGUUGCCAGUGUGUGACGUCCAGUCUGGCGGCUCUCCUGCUGUCCAUGCUCACUGUGCACUGGCUCUCAUAAACUGGUUCUGUUCAAGGAGAGAGAGGAUAGUCUGAGCCGGUGAAAUCUUUGGGCCCGGACCCCUUUGCUUUCUAUGCCUUUUGACCCUUGUGCAGCCACACGCAAGAUUUAAAACGAUGGAGACAGGGACGCUGGAGGGGACUCAGAGUUGAUGGGUGCUGAGAGAAAGUCCAUAUAAUGCAUUCAUUGAUUUGUACUUUUAAUUUGAAUGGCCCGCAACAUUUUAUACCAGUUUUAGGAGAUUUUACACCACAACAGGCGGCCACUGAAAUCUGUGAUCCUCUCAGCUCACAUAACGUUAUCUGUCCUGAAAUAUAAUAUUAAAGAUAAAAUGAAGAACCAUGAUUUGUUCCUAUAGAGGACACCAAGAAGCAAUUGGUGCAACAUCUGGAACUCAAGCUCCCAGAGACAAUAACCAUUUAAAUUUUUGACCUUAACGGCUUGAUGAGCACGUCAACACGGCACAGAUAAAAACAUUUAAUUGAAAUUGUUAGCCCUAAAUAAAUCUCUUAUUGAUUUGUGCCGUUAGAUGUUUUGCCUUGUAGUUACAGCCCCUGGCCUGUAGGGGCUGCUGCAGCCCCCUCAGCACCCCUCCUUCCAGCGUCCUUGGAAAACAGAGUCGCGAUAUUGGUUUCAUGAUGUUAUUACAGGGUGCUCAGUACUUGCAUUGUUCUCGACUUCUGGGGGUUUAGACUCUGUUAAUAUUAGUUUACAUUUAAUUUCAUUUUUUUUCAUGUCUACACAAUGAAUCGAUCCAGAGAGGGACACGUUUUCGAGGGUUUUGUCGUCAUCACACGACGGACAUGGGUGCUUCCUCUGAGAUACAGUGUGAACAGAGUGUUGCUGCUUUGUUUUAGAUACAGUUAGCACAUUCAUAAUGCCUUAAUGUGAUCUCAAGAGGGGAGAUAAAAAUCAAAAAGAAUUACCCGACACCGUUAAAUCACGUGUCCACGGUGGCCUAACCAGGAACGGCAAUCGCAAAGAGACUUUUAUUUUGGAAUUUAUUGCCUAACAAACAGACACGCCAUUCUGAUCUCAUGUCACGGACGACACACGAGCAUGACGAGUGCAUGAGAGCCGACACCAGGCAUGAUCCGGUGUUCAUGAAUGUGCUUCUGCAGCUGCUUCCAACUUCCCCCAGUCGAGCAUUAUGAAUGUGGUAACUCAAGCGUUGAGUGCAAAUGCCGUGCCUAAUUUCUGUUUGAUUAAGUUUUUUUGUGUUUUUUGGGGAAAUGGGGGUGGGGGAGGGGGGAGGGGUUACAAGCUUGAGAAAUCCUGCUUGACAAAGAUGCAGAGAUGGGAAAACACAUUUGCAGAGAAAUGUAGUAUUGAUUUUGGUCCGAGUACUCGUUUUUUUCAGGAGACUUUAUUACUUGUCAAUAUUACACAUUAUGCUCACGUUCAAACACGUUGUUAUGUAACCGCCUUGUCAGAAGAGAGAGGUCCGAGGGUUGUGCCGAGAAACUCAUCAUGUUUUUGUGAACGUGUACAAACUCUUUUCACACUGAGAAAUAAGCGCAAGAAGGCCGCUGUUAUUUUGACGGUUCAUUGUUUUCUCUUUUUACCUGGAAGCAGAGAAAUGUCUAAAGAAAAAAACAAAUCAACGCUGACGUGCAACAGCUGUUUAAAAACAACUAAAAAAUAACUCAUUUUCAAUUAUGUGAAGUUUAUUUUAAUCCUCUGAGACAUUUUUGUAAGUACAUAUCAGUGUAUUUCCAUGUAACCAUUGUAGGGUUGAAAUAAAAUGUCUUUCUUUUUUUCAUGAA